AUCAUUUUUUAGGGGGUUGGGGGGUCAUUUUUUUAACUGUGUGACGUCACCUUUUAGGGGGGAUAAUUUUAUAGAAAUAAACUAAUUUUGGGGGUGUUGAGAUCAUUUUUUAGGUGUUUGGGGGCUCAUUUUUUUAACUGUGUGACAUCACCUUUUAGGGGGAAUAAUUUUAUAAACUAAUUUUGGGGGUGUUGAGAUCAUUUUUUAGGUGUUUGGGGGUUCAUUUUUUUAACUGUGUGACAUCACCUUUUCAGGUUUUGGGGGUGGUUUUCAUUUUCCAGGUGUAAACUCCUUCACUUUAGGGGGGUUUGGGGGGGUUUAAAAACCCCAUUUUACGUCAUUUUAAGCGGGGUUUUUUGGGGGGGGGGGCUGAGCCGGCCCCGCCCUGGCUGAUGCCCCCCGUGUCCCCCACCCCGGGACCCCUCCCCAAAUCUUUUUCAGCCGCCUACAAACACGCUGACGGCAAGAAGAUCGACGGGCGGCGCGUGCUGGUGGACGUGGAGCGCGGCCGCACCGUCAAAGGAUGGAGACCCCGGCGCCUGGGGGGUGGUCUGGGGGGCACCCGACGCGGCGGUGCCGACGUGAACAUCCGGCACUCGGGCAGGGACGACACGUCCCGCUACGACGAGCGUGACCGGGAGCGGGAGCGGGAGCGGGACCGCCGGGAUCGUUCCCGGGAGCGGGAUCGGCGCCGUUCCCGAUCCCGGGAGCGGCGGCGCCGGACCCGGAGCCGCGAGAAGGACGAGCGGGACCCCCCCCGCAAGAGGGGCGGGAGUCGCGACCGCAGCAAGGACCGCGAGCGGGAGCGCGACAGAAAGCGCCGGUCGCGAUCCCGGGAGCGAAAACGAGACCGAGAUCGCGACAAAAAGGACGAGCCCGGCCCCGACCCCGCCCUCCUGGAGCCCCCCGAGGCUGGGGGGGCCGGGGGGAAGGGGAGGAGGGGAGGUCCAUGGGAGAGGGACCCCGAGGGGCUGGGGAGACGGGGGGACAAGAGGGACAGGGAGCGGAGGCGCCGGGGCCAUCGCGACAGGGACAGGAGGAGACGCGACAGGGACAGGGACAGGGAGCACAAGAGGGAGAGGGACAGGAGGGAGGAGAGACCCCGGGAGAGGAGGGGAGGGGAGGAGGGGAGGAGGAGGGAACGAGGCGGGCGAGGGAGGGGCGGGAGGGGACGCUCGAGAUGUUCCUGUCGCCCCGAGGGGCUGCAGCCCCCCGACUGCUACCUGGGCGCUGAGAAUGGCUACCUGCUGGACAACCCCCUGGAGUGA